AUGGGUGCAGCUGCUCAGAAUGGCCUACAUUUCUGCCUCCUGUGGCUCUUCUGGACCUAUUUGUCUCAGGCAAAUGGUGAACGUUACCUAGAAGAAGAAAUGGCGGCAUAUGAAGAAACCAAAUCUGUUCCUUAUCGAGCAUCGUAUCAGUCUCCUUUCAGCUCUACGAACCAAAAUGCUGAUACUCGACCGUGGUACUCGACGUUAGGACAGAAAUCGCUCAACACCAACUUUCAACAGUCUGUUCCUGUUACUAAUUCAGGAAAUCAGCAAGUGCUAUCAAGUGGAAUGUCUGUUCAGUCUAGAGGAUCGGACGGAAGAGCUUUCAGAAGCAAUCAGCAACAAUUGGCAAUGCACUCAACAAAAACAAACUAUCCGCAACAAUAUAGUCGAAGCAAUGCUCCCACAACCGGCACUUCAAAACGCAAUGAAGCAUCCUUGAUGCAGUUCAGUACAUCACAACUUUUAUCUUCCAACUUCCAGAAUCCCCAAGUCUUGCAAGCUGAGGUUGGAAGUGCGAAUACGAAAAGCAUUUCUUCUUCAGAAGAUGAAAGUAAACAGAAACACGUCAAAAAGAUCCCUCUGGUGUUAAUAACCAUUCAGAAACAUAAUAGUAAGUCGCAUGGUGGGAAAUCUAAGGCUAAUGUUGAUCAGCAAAGUUCCAGUAAAGCUAGUGAUAGGGUUCCUCAAUCAACUUUCGAUAACGUACCUGCAUUGAAUGUACAAGAUGGCUCCAGUGCAAACGCUCAAAAUCUUGGUUCAGGAGGUGGACAAAGUUAUCCAUAUUCUGUGCUAUCUGAACCUAGGACAAAGUCAGCACCUACUGGAACUUCAAUGAGACCUAGAGAUUCAUCCAGUGGGUUCCCCAGGUAUCCUGGAGUGUCAAGCGAGUGGACACCAAUUGAUAAAAAUGGUGUGCGUUUCGAUGAUGAUGUCGGAACUAUCAUCAUCCAACAAACUCUAACCGGAUACGAAAAUGUCAAUACGAAUUCUGGAAAUACAAGAAGUCUCAAUAUUCAAAAUCCUACCAAUCAAUUUCAAAAUGAUCCUUCUAAAGUGACAAGCCAAGACCUAACGCCAGAGCCGAAAUUUAUCUCACAGAGCACUUUAGAUUCACGAUCAGUUCCAACUACUUCAGAUGCGCUUAACAGGGAAUCAGCGUUUUCAAACUCAAAUUCCAUAAACCAAAUGCCAGUUACUACAGCACAAAAUAAUAACAACGUCAUUUUCCCCACCAAUAGUAUGGUUAUAGAUGCUGCAGGAAGAGGACAAACACAGGCUGGCCAGAACGUUAACCAACAAAGUUCAGUUCUUUCAAAUACCGAUGGCAGAAAUCUUGUUCAACAAAGAAUUCCGGAUCAGCCAACGUCUAAUCAAAGGCCUAUUGCUACUUCAGGACUUCAUGUCAACGUGAUAAUGGGAUCCUCCACACCUAGUAGUCAAACUGGGAGCAACAGUCAAAAUUUUAAUCUUCAGCAGACUAUGGUUCCUGCUUUUGGAUCACCUGGAAGCUCGACGCUAAGAACUGUCGGGAAUACCGGAGGAAUGUUAUUUUCUAUGAGUAACCCCUCAAGCAUGGGUUCUUUCAUUCAGUCCCCUCAACGCAGCACUUUACCACAGCAGCCUGCGCAACGCUUCAACUCAGUAGCGCAAAAUGCGAUUUCUCAAACGUCAAUAGAUUCUGGUGCUAGCUUCACAUCAGCUAACCAACAGAAUUUUGGAUCCGCAGAAACACAAGCAACUUUCUUGGAAACUGGACCAGGGGUAAAAGUUUCUACCAACACAGCACUGGUGAAGAACCUAGAAGAUAGUCAAGAAUCAGGGGCUAGUUCAACAGGUUCACUAACAAAUCAAGAUGUAUCUGGAGAGAGUGCAAGCCAGCAGCAACAGGACGACACUGAAGACAAAUCAGAACCAGAAGCUCUUCUGCUAGUCCUAGUUUCCACAAAGCGGGCAUUUAAACAUCGCAGGGAGGACGACCUCGAGGAAGGUUAUGAGUCUGCACCCCAAGAACUAGUCGAGCUCCUGAGCCAGGAAUCGAACGCUAAGAUGAUUCUGGAUUCAUUUCACGAAGCAACUCAUGGUGCUUAUUUGAAAGACAGGACUGAAGAAGACAACGAGAAAAACGUUGAUGAUGAAGAUGAUUAG